GUGGUGCUAUAAAACGAUAGCGUUGUACUUAUACUACAUCAGUUGAUCGAAAAGACGCGUAUAAAAAUGUGGUUCGUUUUAGCUUUCGCGUUGGGGUCUUGCACGCUUGCUAACGCUGGUACAAUCGCCCAAUCAAACCAUUUUGUUGACGACCUAUUCGGCUCGAAAUUAAAGGGGGAAGCACAUGCUUACAAUCUCAAUGGUGUUUCGAUUCCCGACUGGACAUUGGAGAAGAUAAAGAGUACUGGCCUCACAAAUCGCGAUAUCAAGGGUAACUUUACCAAUGGGUACGUCCGGGGAUUAACCGACAUGAAGCGGUCGGGCGAUUGCUCGCCAACAGCAUGGAUCGGCGGAAAUAUCACCCUUUCUUGCCGUAUCGACAUCAACUCGGUGUACGCUGAGUGGAAGCUUUCGGUGAAAGGUCAUACCCUAUCAGGUAAUAUCAAGGAGCUACCCCUUAAGGUGCAGCUGAAAGACACGAGCGCGCUCUUCGAGGCAUCUGCUUUCCCCAACCGGGCCGUCUCUCUUCGGACGUUCUACAUCGAAAAGAUGAAGUUCAAACUCGAUUAUGAAGACCUCGGACUCAACGACGAACGCAAGAAGAACCUCCACGACCAGGCCGAAAAGCAUGCAUCAGCAGAGAUCUUCAAUGUUGCUUAUAACACACUCUCAAAGGCUAUUAGCAGUGCGAUGCGCGGCACGACACUGCCUCCUGUUUAAACCAGAACGGAUACCCGGUACCAUUCAGCCGUUCAAAUACAUACGGCAUACACCGCUGUUUAGUCAACGAACCUGAAUAAGACAUAACGAAUUCACUGAGGGGUGAUUACUUCGGGGAAAAUAUGCUUGACAAACAAUGUUUUAAACGAAAGAUAAUUUAGCACAGCGUGCAGGUAAACUACAUAGGUGGUCAACGAUCUUCAGCGAAUGCAAUACUACUAAAGUACUGAUUGAAUAAAUAAAUUAUGUAACA